CAUGAAUCGGCUUGUCUCCGUCAUUGACCUGCCCGUUGGCAGCACACCGGGGUGGGAAGUCGAAAAACAAGACGGUGAUGAAGAUAUAAAGAGCGUAUCAGAAAGUUUUGUUCUUUGCCAAUCUCUUCGGCAAUCCAGAGAUCGUUGGUUAUCUUUCUUCCCAAAAUUCUCCAGCCGAUCACGCGGCGGAAAGUCCUCCGACAUCAGUCCACCUGCGCACACCAUACAGAGCAGAGGACAAUGCGACCUCGAGGUUGGGCCACACAUCUUUCCUGGAACAGCAUUUUCAGAAGUCCAUUAUCUCUCAUCUCAGCCUCAAUCGCAGACUCCUCAAUCGUACCAAUCAGCCAGUUCUAGCAACAGUUCCCACUGGGCAUCUUGCGGGAAUACUUACUCUACAAAUGCGGCCCAAACACCACCUCCUCAAACCAAUGACCCGCAGUCAUCAGCGCCUCUACUGUCAUCUCUGAGUUCAGUUACAAUCAUAACACCAGCCUUGAUACACCAAGUCAAUUCUGCCGCAUCAUCUAAUCCGACCCUCGCCAACCUGCUCCAGCUAGCCGCCGCUGGAAAAGCCAGUCCCGAUCAGCUGCAGACAUUAGGUUUACUCAUUCAGUCUCUGGCACAUUCGCCUGCUGUCAUGUCGCAGAAUGCCAUGCCACAACCAUCAUAUACACCCCUGCCAGCAAAAGAAUUCGACCUCGUUUUCGAAUUUCAGGAGACUUCGUCUGAGCGGUGGAUACUACCAAGAGGUCCGGCUCUUUGUGAAAGAAAGAUUGACAGUAGCGUGAAGGAUGCGGCCUACGAUAUCAUCAUUACAACAUGCCUAUCACCCACAUCGGAUUCUACGGUAACAGCGACACCCAUUGACGACAAGGGAGAGGUAGUCACAUUUCGGUUGAUAAAAGCUCCUUUGCCGGUAUGGGAUAUGGUGUCACGCUGGGUAGGUGGCGAAGAAAAGAUGAAGGAGAAUCGAAUCAUUUUGGAACAACUGAUAAAGAACAGGCCUCAUAGAUCGUACCUCGCGCACCAGCUGUCACCAGGAUCCCUUUUAACUCAGUUACAAAAUGCGAACACAUCUCCAUAUGCUAUGAAGUUAUUGAAGCCCGGUCAGACAUCAGGGUCCCGCACAAGACGCAAACCCGCACAGCGGAAGCCUUCCGCGUCCGCAGUCACCCCGCCUGUGAAUCCUCCAGCAGUUUCACCUAUGCAAGGAAUUCACCCCAACCCUUUGUUAUCUGCUCUUUCUACUGCCCCUUCGGUCACCGCACCAUCAUCGGCCUCUGUGCCUGUGCCUGUUGUGCCAACCACUUUGCCCGCGUCCGCGCCUGCGCCUGCACCUCAACCCAAGCCUCCAAAGCGACCUCGGGUGACAACUCCGAGACCCGUUGCACAACUUCCUCAAAUUAGAUGCAUGUCUUGUGGCCAAACUGAUGUUCCCCUCAUUCUCGGUGGAAGAUUCUGUCGACCUUGCGUUGAUGGAGGGAAGGCUAAUCUUGAGAUUCCCUCGGCGCGGUAUCCAGCACCGUCCCCGCUCAUAUUAUCCUACUGCCAUUAUCAACAUUCAAUACAUCCCCUCCAACCUUUUGUGCCACCGAGUUCGUCUACAUACAGGGCCUCCCAGCUUGGAACAAACAGCGUCACGUCUUCUAAUACUACCAGCACACCGAUGCAUCAUGAGCCUCAAGAGUCGACAAACUAGCACAUAUCUAUUAACUACUGUAUAAUAAUUGUAUAUUCCUCAUACUG